UUUCAGUUAAAGAACGGAAAAGAACAGAGCAAUUUCCUAAACCCUCUCUCUCUCUCUCUCCCUCUUUCUAGAGUCUGUCUGUCUCUGCCCAUGCGCCUCGCGUUGUUUGAUAGUGUCGUCGAGAUUGUGCGCACGACAGUUAUUGUCGCUUGCAGCAAAGAGUCCUAGCAACAUCUUCAAGGGUCAAUAGGGAGGGAAAGAUCAAAAUGCAGCAGAGGAGGUCUUCAACAGGUCGGCCAAGUGGAACGGAUGGCUCGGAUUUCUCCUACCGCAUGGUUGUUGACUCCCGGUAUCAGAAAGUAGCCCAAGGCAGGUCUCGCUUACGAGCGUUGAUCUCAAUUCAGGCUGUUAUUCAACUAAUGGGAGCAGUGCAUCUAGUUCUAUCAAUUUCAAAAGGGAAUGUCCCAAGUCCACUUGCUAUAUCAUCUCUUGCAACGGCCUUUCUGUCACUUAUUGUUGGUGAAUUAGGUCAAAGACGAAGUCGAGUAAAUGUCUUGCGAUUUUACAUAUUUGCAGCAGCUGCAGCAAUACUUCUAUCAAUCGCUUGUCUUUUUAAGGUUGACUUAAGAUUGGAGGACAUCCUUAAUGUUCAUCUCGUGGAAGCGAAGAAGUUCAAAAUUCUUGAGGUGGGACGUGUUGUUUUUGGAUUGUUGGUGCAGAUGUUUGCUGUCAAAACGGCGGUAUCACUCAUUAGCAACAUGUCCCCACCCAAGAGAACUUCCUGAGGCUGUCGUUUGGUUUUGAUUUGCUAACCAUUUUCAGUUCAACUAGCCAGUUAGGAUUCCCUUGCGCACUUGUGACAUAUAUGCCAAAUAGCAUGAGCUCCAAACUCGUGGUUCGAUAGGCGCUGCAACUGAUGAGAAGCCAGCACUUUCCUUUUCUGAGUAGGCUGUAGAAUUGGCUUGGGGAUGCCCUUUCAUUUGAAAGUUACGGAUUAGUGUUUGACUCUCGGUAUCAAUUUUAAGGACCCUUGGUUGUCCAUAAAAGACAACAGUUUUUGUUU